CUAGGGUGAACAAAUUAUCCUGGAUAAGAUACAGAAAAAAUAGAAACACGAGGCAAUCGCAACAGCAAACAUGAGCACCACCAUCACGGCGGACCUUCAAUCACGCAACUGGACGGAGCUUCCAGUCGACGUGACGGCGACGAUUCUCUCGAAGGUUGGGGCCAUAGAAAUCCUGACAAGUGUCCAAUAUGUGUGCUCUUCAUGGCUGAGGAUCUGCAGAGAGCCGUCGAUGUGGCGGAGCAUCGACAUGCGUAACCUUGGAGAUCCUUGCGACAUGGAAUAUGACUUGGAGAAGAUGUGUCGACAUGCCAUUGAUCUUAGCCAUGGCCUCUUGCUCUCUAUCAACAUCGAGUUCUUCGGUACCGAUGAUCUCCUCAAUUACAUCGCUGAAAGGUGUACCCGUAUAAAAAGCCUUAGACUGGUAUCUUGUUAUUGCAUAUCAGACCUUGGAUUGAGCGAAGCUGUAUCAAAGUUUCCACUGCUCGAGGAGCUUGACAUUUCAUUUUGUUCACUAUCAAGAGAAACUUUGGAAGCUGUUGGGAGUUGCUGUCUUCAUCUGAAAUCAUUGAAAUUGAAUGAUAGGGGUUAUAGAUGCCCGAAGAUAGAGUGUGAUGACGAGGCACUAGCAAUUGCAGAGAACAUGCCUGAAUUAUGCCAUCUCCAGAUAUUUGGUAAUAAGCUAACAAAUGAUGGCUUGGAGGCUAUUCUUGAUGGUUGUCCUCACCUUGAAUCGCUUGACCUGCGUCAGUGUUUCAACAUCCAUCUUGUAGGGAAUUUGGAGAAAAGAUGUGCUGAACGGAUCAAAGUUUUACGACAUCCAGAUGAUUCUAUUGAUGACUAUGAAUUUGAUCCAGACUUUCAGGAUGGUUAUGGAUCAUCUGAAGAAGACGACUAUCCAUCUGGGAUUUCUGACAUCGAAUUUGUGUCUGAUGAGGAUGAUUACUAUGAAUUCUCAGAUUAUGAAUUUGACUAUGAAUAUAUGUUUUAUGAUUAGUUGUCAAGUUUGAACGAAUUAAGAGUGUUGUUAGUACUCAUAUUAUGUCUAAGCUUGGUAAUGAUCUGUAAUCAGCUAGUAUCUUUUCUGCCACACAAAAUGUCUUCAGACUGGAAAUGUUCAUAUUGGUAGCUCUUUUCGGUAUGAUUACAUGUAAUUUAUUUUUGUAUUUUGCUUUCGGGUUAAGAGGCUAGUUCGGGAUUGCUGAAACUUCAAACCAUUAUAUCCAUCAACAAGUGUAGCAAGAAA